CCCGAGUUGGCAACCCUGCCCCGCAUAUACAGUGGCAGUAGACAAGUUUUAGAUGAUCAAUGGAGAGACUUAGAUGUGAUUGCUAUACCACCCGAGAUUAAGGACAGUAGUGACAUGUGGACGUUUAUACAGAACUAGGGGAACUUGAGGACGGUGAGGAGAUAAAACAUACAGAAACAAGACCAACGUAUAUAUCACCUGUAACCUACGGUCCUCUUCAGCAGUGUGACAAGAACAAUUACAGAGGAUGUUUUAUAGAGGCAUGAAGUAACACGACCAGGCAGCUGACCGUGGCCAGUGUCAGGUCUUAAGCGCUCAGGAUCAUGGAUGAUUCUGAAGCCCAGGAAAGAGAACAUUUUCAGCGAAUUGUUCGUGCAUUCAAAUCUUACAGGCACCACACCCUCAAGAAGGUGACUGAUAAGGAAGGCUACAUAAAAUCUCUGCCACCACACCAUCAGUCUCUUCUAGAGUCAUACAAAAAUCAUCUGGGACAACAAAGUAUUUGCAUUGAACAUAAUGCUGAAAUUAUAAACUUGAUCAUUAAAGAUGUAGAAAAUAUGUUUGAGAAUGUGCAGCAUGAUCCACUGAAAAUAGAUGAUGCACAUGGUAACAGCCUGUUGACGUCAGACAUUGAGAAAGUUCAGUCAACAAUCAGGCAAAUUGUUCGGGAUUGGUCACCUUCUGGAGAGCAAGAGAGGGACCAGUGCUAUGGACCAAUCAUCCAACAGAUUGGAAUUCUCUUUCCCGAAGAUAAAGUGUGUGCUCAGGAUGUCAAUAUACUAGUGCCAGGAGCUGGACUGGGCCGCCUGGCGUACGAGCUUGCAAGACGAGGAUAUGCUUGCCAAGGAAAUGAAUUCAGUCUAUUUAUGCUGUUUGCAUCAAACUUUGUCCUUAACAAAUGUCGCGGGCUGAACAGUUUACGCGUGUACCCGUGGGUUCAUGUGGGCAGCAACAGACUCAGCAACGCAGACCAGCUCCAAGCAGCCACCUUCCCAGACAUGGAUCCUUCUGACCUGCCACCAAGCUCACAGUUUACCAUGGCUGCUGGAGACUUCUUGGAGAUUUACACUGAGGAUGGAGUCUGGGAUUGUGUCGCCACUUGUUUCUUCAUCGACUGUUCAAAUAACAUUGUGGCUUUUAUUGAGACAAUAUACAAAAUUCUAAAACCUGGUGGAUACUGGGUGAACUUGGGUCCACUACUGUACCACUUUGCUGACCAGCCUGGAGAGCUGUCUAUUGAGCCCAGCUACGACGAGGUCAAGAGUAUUGUCUCGGGCAUCGGCUUUAAGAUUACUGUUGAAGAAAGGGGAAUACAAACAGCCUACACACAGAACCUUGAGUCAAUGCUCAAUUAUGAAUACCAGAGUGUAUUCUUUGUAGCUCACAAGCCAUUUUGAUGAUUCUCUUGUUUGGGUGAGAUUAUGUUUAUUUACAAUGGUCAGAUACUUGUUUGGUCUGAUUUUACUGUUAUGAGACAGUAGAGUAUAUAGUUUUGGUAUCAGUUUUCUCUUGUCUUGUUUUUAGACUCACUACAGUAUCUUAUUAUUUCAAAUGUAAUUUUCAACAAUUGGUGUUGUUUUUAUUGGUUAACUAUGUUAGUAGAUAAUAAAUAGUACUGUAGUAAGUAAAACUAUGGAUGUCAUGUAAGGUACUACAGUACAGUACAGUACUGUGUUAGUGGACGUUGUUAUCCAGGGACAGUCAUCAAACAAAGUGGAAAUCUUGUUGUAUUUUCAUAUACAUUUGUUGUAAUAGUUCUGAUCUUUCCUGAAUUUUGCAAUAUAUCUUUAUGUAUCUUAUUCAUUACUUAGUUUUGUUUUAAAAAAUGUAUUAGUGCAUUAUUGAUAUACUGUACGUUUUCUGUGUCGUGUGUAUUUCUAAAACAUUGAAAAAAUCAGUAAACACUUAAUUUCUACUGCUUUUUUUUUCUUUUUUGUGGUUUUGCUUAAACAUUUUCCGUUAAUUUUGAUCAUUAGUUUAUGCAUUGUAUAAAUUCCAUUAUACACGGUUCAGCAUCACAAUGGAUAAUGGCCAUAGACUGAGUAAAUACUCUCAGUUCAUUCCCGUUAUCUUCACACAAGUCACCAAUCCAUGUAACUUUCCAGGAUAUUCAAACUCAAUAAGUACAUUAAACUACAAUACAUAUAUUCAUAGACAAUGAUGAAAAAAAAUUAGAAAAGUAAAUAUUAAACUUACAAAUUAUACACAAAGAAGGAUAUGACUUCUGGGACUUGUAGAAAUGCACCUCUGAGCAUAAUCAUAAUAAAAUAUAUCUUUUA